UCGUAUGGAGCUCUGAUGGAGAUGGAGACUUCUGUGGAAAUGAAAGUAAAGGUGUGGGAGGUUCAGGAAAUGUUGCUCUAUAAGGAAAUAAUUAUCAAACAGUGCACAAGUGAAUCUAGUCUGCUCAACUUGACAGCUGAAUCGACGACAGUCUCCGGUUCCACAGACUUUAUCUGUAGACAUAAGGGACCUUUUGUGAGAGCAGAUCUGUCGAUGGCUUCACAGACAAUACAUUUUGUCACCUGGAAUGUUAAUGGACUUAAACGAAAUAGAGAUGAGAAAUUUCAAAAACUACAAAAUGCGGACGUUGUUUUCUUCCAAGAGACACAUAUUGGAGAAGGAGAUGAACAUAUUAUAGAAGGUCUAAAAAAUGAGUGGCAUGUUUUCUACACAAAGUUUACCUCCCGAAAGGGAACAGCCAUACUCAUCAGGAGAAGACUAGAUUUUGAAUGUAUAAGUGAUGAAAAAGAUAACUGUGGAGCUUAUGUUGUGUUGAAAUGUAAACUGGAAGGUCAGCUGUACACUCUGGUUAGUGUUUAUAACCAUCACAAUGAUGUAAAAAUCCUUGAUAAACUGUCACAUUACCUGCAGUCAAGGACCACAGGGCUGCUGGUGAUUGGUGGAGAUUUCAACACGGUUUUCAAUCCAUUUAUCGACAAAGACAAUUCAAAAGGAGACCACUCAAACCACAGAAAGCUGCGCUGUUGUGUGAAUAAGUUCAUGAAAUCUCUUCAGCUAUUUGAUGUCUGGAGAAGAAAGAACCCUGUAAAGCAGGAGUACACAUUCCACAGUCAAGUUGCGUCCAGGCUGGAUCACUUUUUUGUUCCAGAAGAAUGUAUGUGGCGGGUCAGAAGAUGUGAAAUCAGAGACUCAAAGAUGGGUGACCAUUGUCCUGUGUACUUGGAGAUCAACAAUGUUUCCACAACCAUUUUUCAGAAAGAUCCACAGAUACAAUCAAUUUCCCAAUGGCUGGAUCUAAAAAGGGAUCUUUUGACAGAUGAGACUGGUUCAUCACUGGGCAAAGAAAGCUCACAUGCAGUCAGUGAGGUUGACAUUAUAUCAGCUGUACAUUCUCUUCAAGUGUCCGACACACCGAGACCAGACGGCAUCCCAGUUUCCUUCUAUAAAGACAACAUUCAGGAUCUAAUUCCAUACAUUAAGAUGCUCUAUGACAGAAUCCACAGUGGUGCGUUUAACUGCUCUGAGACACACUUUAAUGAAACUGUGAAGAGUCCACAUGAUGAUAGUCAACACUUUUUUAAUGUUGACUACCUCAUCAUUGCAACUAUUCUGACAAAAUGUCUAGAUGAUUUCUUGGAGUCUCAGUCAAAGGGUCUUGUACCAAAAAAAUCAGCUUUUGUCAUGAUCGCUCCCAAAACCUUCUGCGCUGGGAUGAGGUUGUCUUGUAUUAAGGAUGAAAUAGAAGAGCAAAAACGGUCAAACCCGACUCUGUAUCAAGAUUUCCUCAUUGUGAAAAACCUUCUCAGAGAUGCACCAGAAGCAGACACCGAAUCUGUAGACGCUUCAGCUGAGAGAGACAAACUGCUGGAUCAGGGCUGCCCUUUGACCCCAGUUCUUAUUACACUGGCUCUGAAAUGCUUUGCUUCCGCAAUAGCUGGGAGUUUACAACAGAAACAUAUUCUCGUUUUUAAACAAAGUGUUAUUCUUUGCAUCCAACCUGAGGACCUUCAGAAAGUAAUAGCUGCAGUGAGGAACACAGCUAAUGAAAUGUAUUACAUUAAGGAAUUAUCCAAAGGAAAUGUUGAUGAUAAAAAAUUAAAGUGUUUGGGAAAUGAGUCUAAUGAUGAGGAAUGGAAUAAAAGGGAGGAGGAAACGCUUUCACACAACACAGAAGAGGAUUCAGAAGCCAGUUGGUCUAAACCGGACAACAGCAAUAGGAGAGUGUAUGAAGAGCGGGAUUUUAAUGAGAAAAAAGACAUUUUGAUGGAGGGUGAUGGAAGACAGAUCAUGUAUGCGGUUGUUACCUUGCAAGACUCAGAUGAGGUGAUGGUGGUCGCAUCAAACUGGUUGACCUCAGACAAGAAACAAAGUUACUGGCCCCCAUUCAAAUCAACGGAGAAGUACAUGGAAGCUGUUAAGAACAGACUUAAACCUGAAACAGGAGGAAAAACAUGGGAGAAAAUAAAUAUUAGCUUUCACAAAGAUUAUGGGUUUUUUAAUGAGGCAACAGAGGGGCAAAAAGAGAUUACAGAAAAGAAAGAACAAUGUAAUCUAUUACCUCCUGGAUUCCCUGGCAUACUAAGAAAACAAAGCAUUCAAGACAUGUCAAAAAACCCAGUUUUUCCAACACCAUCUUCACCCAGAAAACCAGCUGAUGGCAAGAAUGAUCUCCUCCAAAUGCUGAAAGACAUCAAGAGCACAGUUCAGGAAAACUCUUCUAUGUUAAAGAAACUACUGAAAGACAAUCCGUCUUCUGAAGCCCCCAGCAGCAGUACCAGCUUACCCACUAGAGAUGUUAAAACAAGCCUUAAUCUGCCUCUUAGAACCAUUGAAGAUGUGAACAAGAUUGAAAAGGAGCUCAGUAAUGCAGCCAAACGCCAAAAAUAUGUAAAAUUCCUGUCAAGGCUUGGAGGUUUUGGGCCCAAGGAUGUGAUUAAGAAUAUUAUGCAGCAAGUCCUAACAGAUGAUCUGGCUAAGGAGUUCAACUGGCAGGGGAGAGGAGAUAAAAAGCCCUUCUCCAAGCUUAUUUUAGCAGAUGUAAUCAGAGAAGCUGCAUCAAAACACAGUGUAAUGAGGGCAGACUGUGAAGCUGAAAUAAAAAAUUAUUUGUGGUACACAGUUGAUCGAAUUGGUCGGAAGAGACCAAGAGUUUGUGGAGGUGUGACUUCAGAAGUGACUUCUCCCACUCUUUUGGACAGUGCCUUCCAGUCAGAGAUUGGAAUGUCUGGAAUGUCUUUUCUUGAUGACUGAGGUCUCAUAUGUCAUGUAAGAUUAACUGCGUACAGAUUAAACAUUCAGUUUGAUAGAAAUAUAGACUUUGUGUACUAAACAUCACAUUGUGUGCUCCAAAUAUUGGUUCUUGAUGAAAUGCUUAAAAUGUUUCUAAUUUGUUUUAAAGCUAAAUCUAAUUUCUCUUCAGCUAACUGGAUGAAAUAAUUACAUACUGAAGAAUGUGUUUUGCAUGUGUCCAUUAAAAGUUUAUGCUUCUCUUUCAAUGUCA